GUGUGUGUGUGUGUGGUGAGGAGUAAAGGGGGCGGUAAGUUUGUAUUGAGCCAAUAACAGGGAGGGGAGCGGAGUGUCCGGCUCAGCUGGCAGAUAUUUAAAAAGGAGGCAGUGGAGCUCUGCUGCAGUCUGGAUUAAACCCUCUUACUCUCUAUCUCUCCAUCUCUCUCUAUCUCUCCAUCUCUAUUCAUCUCUGUCUCACACACACACACAAGUUUAAACACUUUUUUUUUUUGCUUUACACACUUUUUUCCCAGUUUUAUUCUCUUUUCUCUCCUCGGACCGCUCCAGAAAGACCCCUUGGUUUGGUUGACAGCGUUCCGGGGACACUGACAGGAUGGCGGGAGUCGCGCGCCUCCUCUGUGCGGUGCUGCUGCUCGUCUCGGCGUUGACGUGGCGCGUGGCGGACGCCAAGGGCAACCGGGGCUCGCAGGGCGCGAUACCUCACCCGGCUAAGAGCAGCGCAAACGAGUCGGAGCGCCGCCGCGCCUCCUCCUCACCUUCAUCAUCCUCCUCCUCUUCAUCAUCAUCAUCAUCAUCAGCAUCCUCUUCAUCCUCAGCAUCUUCCUCCUCCCCCUCCGCCUCCUCCGCCGAGGAGGUGCUGGAGUCGAGCCAGGAGGCGCUGCACGUGACGGAGCGCCGCUACCUGAAGCGCGACUGGUGCAAGACGCAGCCGCUGAAGCAGACGCUGCACGAGGAGGGGUGCACGAGCCUCACCAUCAUCAACCGCUUCUGCUACGGCCAGUGCAACUCCUUCUACAUCCCGCGGCACGUGCGCGCCGAGGAGGAGGGCGCCUUCCAGUCGUGCUCCUUCUGCAAGCCGCGCCGCUUCACCACCAUGACCUACACCCUCAACUGCCCCGACCUGCAGCCCCCCACCAAGAAGAAGCGCGUGCAGCGCGUAAAACAGUGCCGCUGCAUCUCCAUAGACCUGGACUGAGGACCGAGGCUAAACCACCCCCCC